GCGCCUAGACACGUGCUUAACAUGGCCACGCUGCGCAGACUGCAAGAGGCUCCCCGGCACUUACUGGUCUGUGAGAAAUCCCACUUCGGCCACGACAAGUCUCGCCAUAAACAUCUCGUGGAGACACACUAUCAUAAUUACAGGGUUUCAUUUCUUAUUCCUGAAUGUGGGCUGUUAUCAAAAGAACUGAAAAAUGUGGUCAUGGAAAUUGGCCCCUAUUACUCUGUGAAGAACUUACCACUUCAUGAAUUAAUUACACCUGAGUUCCUCCACACCUUUGUAAAGAAAGGUUCAUUCUCUGCAUUAACAUAUAAUACAAGUAUUGAUGAAGAUAAUACUGUUGCCCUCCUACCAAAUGGGAAAUUAAUUUUAUCACUGGAUAAAGAUACUUAUGAAGAAACUGGACUUCAAGGUCGUCCAUCUCGGUAUUCUGGCAGAAAAACUAUGAAGUUUAUUAUUUCCAUUGAUUUAAUGGACUUAUCCCUUAAUCUGGAUUCUAAGAAGUAUGAAAGAAUAUCUUGGUCCUUCAAAGAAAAGAAGCCUUUGAAGUUUGAUUUUCUUUUGGCUUGGCAUCAUACAGGUGCACAGGAAUCAACAGUGAUGUCAUACUUCUCCAAAUACCGAAUUCAGGAGCAUCAGCCAAAAGUGUCAUUGAGCACCGUGAGAGAGCUGCAGUGCCCAGUGCUGCAGAGCAGCCGGGUUGCAGGCGAGCCGGAGGAGGCCUGCAGUGCACCAGAGCUCUUCGACUGGCUUGGUGCUGUCUUCUGCAGUGCGGAUCUAAAUAACCAACCUUAUAAUUUCAUAUCAACCUACUGCUGUCCCCAGCCAAGCACAGUGCUAGCCCAAGCUUGUCUGUGUACAAUCACAGGCUUCAUACUGCCAGAGAAGAUACACGUCCUUCUGGAGCAGCUGUGUCACUACUUUGAUGAACCAAAGUUAGCCCCAUGGGUCACCUUGUCAGUUCAAGGCUUUGCAGACAGCCCUGUCUCGUGGAGAGAGAAUGAACAUGGUUUCCAGAAAGGAGGAGAGCACUUAUACAACUUUGUGAUUUUCAGCAAUCAGGACUAUUGGCUUCAGAUGGCUGUUGGGGCAUUUGAUGACUGUCCACCAUAAGAAAAUGCCAAAGUUAAAACCAUGUUUGUUUGUUUGUUUGUUGUCAAUAUUUCCUCAUUGUGGAAGGGUUAUGUGUCAUCCAGCCUUGUCAUAAUAAUUCACUUCUCAGACUAGCAUUUGCUUACUGUCUACUCUGCAGUGGCCCCUGGGCACUGGCUGCUUGUCCAGUGAAUAGCUCUGAGCUGACUUUUCUCUUGAGCACAGGGUGUUGCUUACUCCAGAGUAGGGUAAGCUGGAAGAGAGGGACGGAUAGGAUUGGACCAUGUGGUGAGUUUCUAGGUAUAAAAGAAAUCCUUAUCCUUGGCAAGCCCAGUCCCUGUCAUGGGCACUAUUCUGCUACUUUCUGGCUUGCUCGCCUAGUUUUCUUAUAUAGCCCAGGACCACCUGCUGAGGAGAGGCAUUUCCUACUGUGGGCUGGGCCAUCUUCCAUCAACCAGCCAUCAAGAAAAUAUCUCACUGACAUGCUCGUGGGCUGGCUGAUGGAGACAGUUCCUCAGGUAUAAGCAUCUGGCUUGUAUCUGACACAAGUCACUGGGGCUGGCAGGGCAGAGGGAGUGGGCUUCUCUCUUGGAGGGGAGGAUAUCUAGCCCUACUUCAGUCUCACUAGCUCAAGCUGACAGGACUGUCCUGGAUGAAGGCCCAGCGAGAAUGUAGGAAGGGCUGGAAUGUGGAAAGAAGGACCUUUAGCCUGUGGAGAAAAGCCACCAGGGAACUUCUUAGACAUAGGACUGAUUUGUCCACCCUCCAGCCCACACCCUGGGUCCUUAGUGUACAAGUUUGGGAAGGCAUUUCUCAGCAGGACACCAGCUACCCAGCCCAAGCUUCUUAGGAGCCAUCUUCCUUUAAGGGUGAAUAGAAGGUGUGGGUCAGGACAAUGCACUGCUUUAUAGAAACAACUUCUUCCUUAGUGAUGACCCUAUGAACAGAAUGGAGCAUUUUGUGCACUGUCUUAGUUUAAGAUGGGGCAGGAGGCUCAAGGGUUGAAUUAACAGGAGACAACACAAAGGCAUGGGUUUUGUGAGAUGUGGUUCAUUAAGCACCAUCAAAGCAAUGCCUAUCAUAGGCUGUGUGGAUGAUAGUCUGUAUGGCUUAGAAACACCCUUUUCCCUUAAGCUUGCCUUCUGGAGUUUAAAAUUGAGCUUAUGGAUCUUAGCUUAUAAAUUUUCUUCCUUUCUUUCUCAUGAA